ACACCAUCAUCACACCACCACGAGUAGAGAUGUAAAAGCUCGGCCGAAAUGCGCCUCAAAAGCAUCUCUUUCCCCCCUCUCAUCUCCUCCCGGCAUAAUAUAUUUUGCAGGCCACCAAUCAAAAGGGGAGCCUACCGUUGCUAACAUCAAAAUACCCCUGCAUUGUAAUGUGCAGAGAGGACUAGAAGGCGUCCGCCCGGCUCUGCUGACCAACCUCCACUUCAGAAUUUCGCCUUUCAGUUCACGGGAUUUUCUCCCUCCUCUUCUUCGGUCAUUCUUCGUCGCUGGCAUAGAAUCUUGCCCCCAUUCUCGUCGGUUUGUUUCUUCGGAGGAGGGGUUGAAUUGGCUAGCCUAGCACAAAUGCUGGUGCCCGGGAGAAGACGACUGCUCGUUCUGUGCACUUCUUUUGUGGUUCUUUCGCUUCUCACGCUGCCGUCCGAUGGCUCGUCAAAUUCCACGGAGGAUCUCAAUCAAGGCCGCAACAAGACCGGGCAUCCUCUCGAGUUGACGCCUAGAACAGCAUUUCAGCUCAAGCUGCACGCAUUGUUCCACUGGUCUUCUUUCGGUCUCUUGAUGCCUGUAGGGAUACUGCUGGUCAGAAUGUCGAGCAAGUCGAAAAGCGGCAGAUGCAGCAGAGUGCUCUUCUAUUGCCAUGUCAUUUCUCAGAUCGCAGCCGUACUUCUUGCUACUGGCGGCGCGGCUCUGUCCUUGAUGAACUUCGAGAACUCCUUCAGUAACAGUCACCAGAGAGUAGGAUUGGCAUUGUACGGAUUCAUGUGGCUUCAGCCAAUCAUCGGUUUCUUCAGACCAGAAAGAGGUGUCAAGGGAAGAAGCCUGUGGUUCUUCUUCCACUGGCUUCUCGGCAUCGCAGUUUGCGCCACUGGCAUCGUAAACGUCUACUCUGGCCUCCGCACGUACCACGAGAGAACCGCCAGGAGCGUGAGCCUUUGGACCGGCCUCCUUACAGUUGAGAUCUCCUUCCUAGCUUUUUUCUACCUCUUGAUAGAUAGGUGGAGCUACAUGAUCAAGCAAGGACGCCUCCCGGUCGAGCAGCUAAGACCGAACGAUAAUCACAGGACCUAUCCUACAACUCUUCGGAAAGAGCUGGGCAUGGUGCAAGAGUGACGUCUUCGAAUAAGAGAAGGCAGAAGUCAGUGUGAAGAUUGAUGGAUGUUGUGAGGUUGGUCAAGGGGAGAUGGUAAAUGCUACUAAAUCCUCUGGUAACUUGCUUGGUUUGAGAAGUGUGCGUUUGAACAAGAUUGUACAGCUUGUAUACUUGUGUUGA